AUGCAUGUGCCCCUCUUCCCUCUCUCUCUCCCCUCCCGCCAGAAACUCAUCCGUUGGCCUCGUUCUUUCUGUCCGUCAGCGCUAUUUUCGACCACUCGCCUUUCCCGCCCAUCCUUAGUCACCCACUGUCGGUGUGGUUGUCGCAAUUCCUCCCCCUGUUCCUGUUCCUGCUGCAUACAUCCCUCCUCCACCGCUUCUUCGUCCCAGUCUCGACCGCUGGUGACCUCGCUAUCAUCUUCUCCCUCAUCCCAAGUAUAUCAUACACGCGCUCAGAUUAGACCUUUCUCAUCAACGAGGCCCUCUACAUUCUCUCGCACUCCCGCGGCAAUGGCCAAGGAAUAUAAGCUCAAAGAUAUCACGUCCCUGUCGGGCAUCAAAGACUUCGACAAACUCGAGGCCGAGGUGGAGGGUGUGCAGGAUGGAAAGGUCUUGCUUGUCAAGUACGACGACAAGGUUCAUGCAAUUAGCCCUAAGUGCACCCACUAUGGCGCGCCCUUAAAGCUCGGAGUGGUUUCUCCAGAAGGCAGGAUAACUUGCCCAUGGCACGGAGCAUGCUUCAACAUCAAGAGUGGAGAUAUCGAAGAUGCGCCUGCCCCUGCCGCGCUGAAUACAUUUGACCUGGUGGAGAAGGAUGGCGCUGUUUACAUCCGCGGUACAGAGUCCGCUAUCAAGUCAGGCCAGAGGCUGUCAGAGCAUAAAUGCAGUGCUUCCGGCCCCGGAGGCUUGGUUAUCGUUGGCGGUGGAUCCGGUACCCUGGGUGUAGUGCUGGCCAUUCGCGAACUGGGAUACAAUGGAGCCAUUACGAUAAUUACUCGCGAGCCUAGCCUCAUAAUCGACCGCACCAAGCUGUCUAAAGCUCUUAUUCCAGACCCAGAGAAGAUCCAAUGGCGCUCGCCUGAGUGGUACAGGGAAGUCGGCAUUGAGACUGUCUCGGACGAGGUCACGGCCGUCGAUUUCAGCCAGAAGACUGUUGUCACUCGCUCUGGCAAGACAUUCCCUUACACCAAGCUCGUUCUGGCAACGGGUGGUGUACCGCGUAGCCUCCCAGUGGAGGGCUUUCAGCUUCUCGAAAACAUCUUCAAGCUCCGCACAGUCACAGAUGUGCAACACAUCCUCAAUGCAGUCGGCGAGGAGAAGAAGAAGAAUAUCAUAAUCAUCGGCAGCUCAUUCAUUGGCAUGGAAGUCGGCAACGCUUUGGCCAAGGACAAUGAAGUCACAAUCGUCGGCCAGGAACAAGCACCCCUCGAGCGCGUCAUGGGCGCCCAAGUUGGCCGCAUCUUCCAGCGCAACCUCGAAAAGUCCGGCGUCAAGUUCAACCUUUCUGCCGGCGUCGCAAAGGCAACGCCCUCCAACGAAGAAGCCCGCAAGGUCGGCGCCGUCCACCUUCAAGACGGCACCGUCCUCCCCGCCGACCUCGUCAUCCUGGGUGUCGGCGUCCGCCCCGCAACCGACUUCCUCAGCGGUAACCCCGCUGUCACUCUAGAGAAAGACGGCUCCAUCAAGACAGACGAACACUUCGCCGUCCCCAACCUCAACAACGACGUCUUCGCCAUUGGCGACAUCGCCACGUACCCCUACCACGGGCCCGGUACAGACCCAGAGAAGGGCACAUACACCCGCAUCGAGCACUGGAACGUCGCACAAAACGCUGGACGCAGCGUCGCAUCAACAAUUGUGCAGUCCCUCAACAAUAAAUCCUCUUCACUCCAGAACAUCAAGCCCAAGGUUUUCAUCCCCAUAUUCUGGUCCGCCCUGGGCUCACAGCUGCGGUACUGCGGGAAUACGCCGAACGGGUGGGACGAUCUGAUUUUGCAGGGAGAGCCGGAUGAGGGCAAGUUUGUGGCGUUUUAUACCAAGGGCGAUACGGUCGUUGCUGUUGCGACAAUGGGCAUGGAUCCUGUUAUGGCUAAGUGUGCGGAGUUGAUGCGCAGGAAGAAUAUGCCGUCUAAGAAGGAGAUUCAGGGGGGUGUGGAUGUUUUGAGUGUUGAUGUGCCAAAGGGGGUUAGGAUUUAG